UCUCAGGUUUGUCGGGCUGAUGCUCAGUCAGCAGGAGGCGGGGAUGAUCUCCGCCUCCGCCUCCCGGGGCUGCUGUUGACGGGCUGCCCGGCGGUUGCGUUCGGCCCUCUCUUGGCUCUCCGGCCGAGCUUUCGAGGCUCUCCGCGAGCGGAGCGAUGCAGCCCCCGGGUCCCGCCAAAGCUUCUCCUCCUCCGCUGCAGCCGCUCUACGCUCCCGGUAACGGCGAUUUCACCUUCGUCUCCUCAGCCGACGCCGAAGAUCUAAGUGGCUCAAUAGCAUCUACAGAUGUGAAGCUCAACCUUGGAGGCGUAAAUGCGGAAUUUAUGAAAGAAUCCACAGCAACUACUUUCCUGAGACAAAGAGGUUAUGGUUGGCUUUUGGAAGUAGAAGAUGAUGACCCUGAAGAUAAUAAACCACUCUUAGAAGAAUUAGACAUUGAUCUGAAGGAUAUAUACUACAAAAUUCGCUGUGUCUUGAUGCCAAUGCCUUCUCUCGGAUUCAACAGACAAGUAGUAAGAGAUAAUCCUGACUUCUGGGGCCCUUUGGCUGUUGUCUUAUUCUUUUCAAUGAUCUCAUUAUAUGGACAGUUCAAGGUGGUGUCCUGGAUUAUAACUAUUUGGAUAUUUGGAUCUUUAACAAUCUUCCUGUUGGCCAGAGUUCUUGGAGGAGAGGUUGCAUAUGGCCAAGUUCUUGGAGUGAUUGGAUAUUCUUUACUUCCUCUUAUUGUAAUAGCACCUGUGCUCCUGGUAGUUGGAUCAUUUGAAAUUGUUUCUACUCUAAUAAAACUUUUUGGAGUGUUUUGGGCUGCAUACAGUGCUGCUUCCUUAUUAGUUGGUGAAGAAUUUAAAACUAAGAAGCCUCUCCUGAUUUAUCCCAUCUUUUUAUUGUACAUUUAUUUUCUGUCUUUAUAUACUGGGGUUUGACCAAAAUUGCUAGAUUUGAACAAGGACGUUUUGAUCACCAUAAAAAUGGAACUGUUGGUGGAUAGAAAAGGCAAGUGACUGUAUCCUAUCAGGCUGACAAAGUUUCAGUAGUAUCCUUAAGUAUAUCUGUGUAUAUUAUUUAAGCAUUUUUAAUUAUAUUACAGAUUUAUACCAGAGUUUUAGGUUUGUUAGAUUUUUAAUGAAUAAGGAUGGUAACAUUUAUAAACAUGUACAUUGAAGAGUAACACCUUGUUACUUGUGCCCAAAGCACGACAUCCAUAUGAUCAGUCCAAACUGUCAUGGAACUUGGGCAAUUGUUGAAAAAACUCAGUCAUCACUUGAAACUACAGUUCCUGUAAAUGUAUUUUAUCAGUCAAAUCCUCAUUGUUUCCGCUAGUAAUCAAGACCUUAUAUUUUAAUGUGGAAUCUUACAUAAUCUUGACGUGGCUGUUGAGUUAUCAGUUCUGAUUUAAAGUUUUAUGUUGAUCAUACAGAGGUCAGUUUAUGAAAUUUCAGUGUAAAGGUGAUUUAUGGUUGUCAUUACCACUACAUGUAAUAUUUGAAGUAAUUCUUUUUUAAAAAAAAAUCAACUGUAAAUAUGUCAUAACAAAACAUUACGAAGUUGACUUUGAAAUCUUUGUGGAAAAAAAUUUUUUUUUUACCUGCAGCUUUAUGAAAGCAGUGGUAAAUACAUUCAUUAAUGGAAAUAUAAAUAAAUAGUAUGAUUCUGAACAUUUUUUUCAAUAGAAUAAACAUUGCUGUCUUCAAAAUUGAACUUGUUUUACAACACCUUGUUUUGCUGUUUGAUGUAGUAAACUAAAAUUAUUAGCAACAAAGUUACAUUUGCAUUUUGAUUAUCAAAUUUAGUAUUAAUUGACUUGACAUUUAUUGAAAUGGUUCUUUAAUAUGAUUGCAUAUUAGCUUUUCCCACAAAUGAAAAGGACAUUCUGCAUUAUUAAAAUAAUGAUUUUCAUAGCAACCUUUAGCAUUUGCAAAGCACAUGUUGAAUCCAAUCCACUUGUUCAGAUAAGGAGUAGGCACACAUGUCAUUUUUGUCAGAUUUGCAAUUAAAGGUAUAAAUUGCACUGAGUUGCUCAUUCAAAUAGAGAAACUAUUAUUUUUGCAUUUUUUAAUGUGAAUUUUUGGAUGUGCAUUUUACAUGUCACUGCAUUCUUAGAUAACGUAUGUUAAUGUCUUGUUUAGAUCUGAGCUGGAUCAUACUCCAUGAUAGCCAGGAGACUUGGGAAAAGAGGAACUAUAUACUUUGCAAAAUUGUUAAUGUAUUACCAUAUUGUUUUUCAGUAAUUCUAAACGUAUUCAUCUGAAUUAAAUUUAAUUGUAUUUGAAUAAUAAAUUAAGCAAUUAUGCAUUGUUUACUAGAAAAAUAAGUUUGUGUACGCGAAGUACUGUGGCUGUACCUUGAUUUUAUUGAGAAAUUAACUGCUGGAUUAAUGCUCAGUGUGUACCAUUCUGUAAGUCUAGCAGCAGAUUUUUAUUAUUAAGCCGAUAAAGUUUAGACUUGAAUCCUAAACAUUCUCUUAUUUUGAUGGGACCUAAUUUCAAGUUACCAGCAUUUAGGAAUUACCUUUAAUAAAUUCUAACAUAGGAAAUGGAUCUGUCAGCACAUCAACAGCAUCUGGUUGUUUUUGUCAAAAUGAUAAAAGCAGCAUCGAACCUCAAGCUCCAACACUCUGGGACAUACGUGUAAUGGCAUGACGUGUGUAGAGAGGGAGUGGUGCUUGUGGCACAUUGCUGCUUGCAUCAGUCCUUCCUCCUACACCCCCCCCCCCGCGUGUCAUUGGGCCCAAUUUAUUUUUAUAAAUAUAUUCUUGGAAAUCAAAGCCAGGAAUAAAAUAAAAAGGCUUUAAAAUGUGCCUUCUAUUAGUUUCUCUCCUAUAGUAUUCUAAAAAUGGAGGAAUGGCAGAGUUAUACCUACUUUCAUAUGAAGGGAUGCCUGUACUUGUAAAAGCUCUGAAAGUGCUGCUUUCUGUUUAAAAAUGGUAUAUGCUUUUCUGUGUAAUCCUGAUAGUGACAGUUUUCAGGCUGACUAUGACUAUGACUAUGUAUUAUUAAAUGGCCUCCAGAUUGUACAAUUCUAUGGCAGACAUCGAUUUACAAGAAAAAAAAACACUAAAAUUGGCAUAAAAUUGGAGAAAAACGUGUGUAUGAAAGUAUGCAAUACUAUUUCUGCUUAAAAUAUAAAUGUAAGAUUUCAGUUUUAUCUAUCCAUUUUAAUUAUUAGAAGACAAAUUCAGCUUUAUAGCAGAUAGCUAUGUCUGGAUGUAACACAGGUGUAUGGCAAUCUCAAUUCAUGGGCAAUAAUAUCAGACUUCCUGUACCCAAUGCUCUGAAUAUAUGCUGGGCUAAAGCUUCUAUCCAGCAUGACAUCAGAAUUGGCUUAUGUAAUCAGCCAAUCAUCACAAGCACACUUAAAUAGAGAAACAUGCUUGGCAUAAAUACCUAGUUCAUUAAAAUAGUUGCUGUCUUAAUUGAUUAGAAACUGGUUUGGAUUAAAGUGUAUAUUAGGAUGUAACAACGAUUUCUGUAAACUGGAGCAGAACUCUUAUAUUUCAAAGGUUCAAUAUUUGCAUAUGCUGUAUAAAGAAAACUUUGUCAACAGUUACCAAAUGGUUUAAACUGUUUAUUUAUAAUAGUCCAUUCAGUUCCUACUUUUAGUCUAGACAUAUAUGUAAAUACAUGUAUUUUAUACAAAAUGGAAUUCAACUUGUUUGCAUAGUACACAUAAAGCUUCUGUAUAAUAUCUAAACCAAGAGAUAAAUAUCCAUAUUUCGUAUGUUUAACCUGUGUUUAUAAGAAUGUAAAUAAAUUUUUGAGAUU